CGCGCGCGGCUCCCGGGCCCGGCGGCGGGCGCGGCGCGGGCGGCAGCAUGGUGGAGAAGCGCUGCCCGUUGCAGAGGGACGGCGUGUACCGCUGGUUCUCCGAACUGCCGUCGCCGCAGCGCGUGGAGUUCCUGUGCGGCCUGCUGGACCUGUGCAUCCCUCUCGAGUUGCGCUUCCUCGGCUCGUGCCUGGAGGACCUGGCACGCAAGGACUACCAUUCGCUGCGCGACUCGGAGAUUAAGGCCAACAACCCGGCGGACCUUGGCAGCCUCACCAACCUGACAGACGAGGUGGUGCGUAGCAAGCUGCUGGUGUCGCUGGCGCUGCUGGGCUCGGAGCAGCGCGAGGCUGCGGGCGUGUUGUACCGCACGCUCACGCACACCGACUCCAUCAUCCACAACUACGGGCUGCAGCUCAACGAGGGACGCACGGGCGAUGAGUUCCUUCUGCUCUUCACCAUGGCCUCCAACCACCCGGCCUUCAGCUUCCAUCAGAAGCAGGUGCUGCGCCAGGAGCUCACGCAGAUCCAGAGCAGCCUGAACGGCAACGGCGGCGGCGGCGGCGGCGGCGGUGGCGGCGGCAAGAGCGCGCCCGGGCCCGGCGGCGCUCUGCCCACCUGCUCCGCCUGCCACAAGAUGGCGCCCAGAACUGAGACCCCUGUCAGCAGCAUCAGCAACAGUCUGGAGAAUGCAUUGCAUACAUCAGCACAUUCCACGGAGGAGUCCCUGCCCAAGAGGCCUUUGGGAAAACAUGGCAAAGCGAGUGUUGAAAAAAUAGACCUGAAGGGAUUAUCACACACGAAAAAUGACAGAAGUGUUGAGUGUUCCUUUGAGGUCUUAUGGUCUGAUUCUUCAAUAACAUCAGUAACCAAGUCUUCCUCAGAAGUGACUGAAUUUAUUUCAAAGUUAUCCCAGCUCUACCCUGAAGAGAACUUGGACAAACUCAUUCCUUGCUUGGCUGGCCCAGAUUCCUUCUAUGUGGAGCGCAACCAUGUGGAUUUGGAAGCAGGUCUGAGGUACUUGGCUUCCAUACCUUCACACACACUGAAACAUGACCACGUCAGGAAGUUCUUCAGCACUUCGUCUCCCACCCAACAGCUCCAAAGUCCAAGUCCUGGCAACCCCUCCCUUCCUAAAGUAGGUGCCAUGAUGGGCGUGUCUGGGAGGCCUGUGUGUGGAGUGGCUGGCAUUCCAUCCUCGCAGAGCAGCGCCCAACACCACCUGCCGCACUCGGCCAGCGCAUCUGCUUCCCUGCCCCACUGCUCCCACACAGCGGGGACAGGCUCGGCACUGGCUUACCGGACCCAAGUGGACAACUCGCCUACCAUCCUGAUGCCCUCUAGUCUGCAGGCCCCUCAGCCCCAGGAGCAAAAUGGGAUUUUAGACUGGCUUAGGAAGCUGCGUUUGCACAAGUAUUACCCCGUCUUUAAACAGCUCACCAUGGAGAAGUUCCUGAGCCUUACUGAAGAAGAUCUGAAUAAAUUUGAGUCCCUCACCAUGGGAGCAAAGAAAAAGCUCAAGACGCAGUUGGAGCUGGAAAAGGAGAAGUCCGAGAGACGGUGCCUCAACUCCUCAGCCCCAUCCUUGGUCACCAGCAGUGGAGUGGCCCGAGUCACCCCCACCAGCCACGUGGGGCCUGUGCAGCCUGGGCGUAGCAGCCAUGCUGCAGAGCUGCGGGUGGAGGUGGAGCCACCGGCUCACCAGCUGCCCCGGGAAGGCAGCUCCUCUGAGUAUUCCAGCUCUUCCUCUAGCCCCAUGGGUGUGCAGGUGCGAGAGGAGAGUUCAGACAGCGCUGAGGAAAGCGAGAGACGUGUGGACAUACAUGUUGAGGGUACUGAUAAGGAGAAGCCUGUGAUGUUGCUGACUCACUUCCCAUCCAGCUCUGCCAGACCCACGGCCCAGGUUCUGCCUGUGCAGAAUGAGGCUGGCUCCAGCCCUGCAGGUCACCAUCCCCUGCCCCCACAGCUGAUGCCUGCAGCUUCACACCUGGCACCUGUCCGCAUGCUGAACUCAGUGCACAAGUCGGACAGAGGCAGCACGGAUGUGAAGCUCCUCUCAUCCUCUGUCCACUCCCUUCUGUCCUUGGAAGAAAGGAACAAGGGGCCUGGCCCUAGAAGUGGCACAAAAGUAGACAAGAGCUUUGGUGGCCCUGUGCUGGACGCACUGCCCUCAGCGGCACCCCAUCCGCCAGUACAGGUCCUCUCGGGCCUUGUAGAGAACAACUCUGUGUCACCCACGGUCUCCUUUGGUCCCCGGGCCAAAGUUGUGCAUGCAGCCACACUGGACAGGGUGCUGAAGACAGCACAGCAGCCAGCCCUGACUGUGGAGACCAGCUCAGCCGCCACAGGGACACCGAGCACCGUCCUGCAUGUGGCCCGGCCGCCCAUCAAGCUGCUGCUGUCCUCCUCCGUCCCUGCUGAUGCUGCCAUCUCUGGGCAGACUUCUUGCCCCAACAACGGGCAGAUCAGCGUGCCCCCUGCAAUAAUCAACCCCCGGACUGCUCUGUAUACAGCCAACACCAAAGUUGCCUUCUCUGCAGUGAGCAGUGUGCCUGUGGGCCCACUGCAGGGCAGCUUCUGCGCCAACAGCAACACUGCCUCCCCCAGCAGCCACCCCUCCACAUCUUUUGCGAGCAUGGCCACUCUGCCCAGUUGCCCUGCCCCCAGCUCCAGCCCUGCCCUCUCCUCUGUCCCUGAAAGCAGCUUCUACAGCGGCGGUGCUGGCAGCAGCUCCCCAGGAAACAUUCCUGCCUCAAGUCAGAACCACCACCACCACCAUCACCAUCAGCAGCCCCCUGCACCCCCACAGCCUGCGCCGCCCCCACCUGGCUGCAUUGUGUGCACGUCUUGUGGGUGCAGUGGCAGCUGUGGCUCCAGUGGCCUGACUGUCAGCUAUGCCAACUACUUCCAGCACCCAUUCUCCGGGCCAUCCAUGUUUACCUUCCCUUUCCUACCCUUCAGCCCCAUGUGCAGCAACGGCUACGUCAGCACCCAGCAGUACGGUGGUGGCUCUGCCUUCCCUGUUGUGCACGCGCCCUACAGUGGCAGUGUGACUCCGGACCCCGUCCUAGGUGGGCAAUCCACUUUUGCGGUGCCACCCAUGCAGAACUUCAUGGCUGGGACAGCAGGGGUGUACCAAACCCAAGGCCUGGUGGGCAGCACCAAUGGCUCCAGUCACAAAAAGAGUGGAAAUCUGUCGUGUUACAACUGUGGGGCUACUGGCCACCGUGCUCAGGAUUGCAAGCAACCGUCCAUGGACUUCAACCGGCAAGGAACUUUUAGGUUGAAAUAUGCCCCUCCAGCAGAAAGUCUGGACUCCACGGACUGAUCCUUUUUUUUUUUUUUUGGCAACAGAACAUUUUAUUAAGCCAUGAAAAAUCACAUAGAGAACUGAAGUCAAGUUGCUAUGGAGCCAUGGAGACCUAAGGAAAAAUCA